AUCACGUCCAUAUAUACUCUACCAACACUCAUUUGGCAACCUGUGCUAUUUCCUAGGGUUUUUUCGCUGAGCCACGGCGAAUAACAGGACUUGAUAGGUCUCCCGAUUCACUGAGAAUGGCGACUCAAAUGAGCAAAAAGAAAAAGUUUGUUGCUGAUGGAGUGUUCUUUGCGGAACUUAACGAAGUCCUGACUAGAGAGCUCGCGGAGGACGGUUAUUCCGGCGUCGAAGUUAGGGUUACACCAAUGAGAACUGAGAUUAUCAUAAGGGCAACGCGCACUCAAAACGUUCUCGGUGAGAAGGGAAGAAGAAUUAGGGAGCUGACAUCUGUUGUUCAGAAACGGUUCAAGUUUCCUGAGAACAGUGUGGAGCUGUAUGCCGAGAGAGUUAACAACAGGGGACUAUGUGCUAUUGCUCAAGCUGAGUCUUUGCGUUACAAACUCCUGGGAGGGCUUGCUGUCCGCAGGGCCUGCUACGGUGUCCUUCGGUUUGUUAUGGAGAGUGGUGCCAAGGGGUGUGAGGUCAUAGUUAGUGGAAAGCUCAGGGCUCAGCGUGCAAAGUCGAUGAAGUUUAAGGAUGGAUACAUGAUAUCCUCUGGUCAGCCUGUUAAUGAAUAUAUUGACUCUGCUGUGAGGCAUGUUCUUCUUAGACAGGGUGUUAUUGGUAUAAAAGUUAAGAUCAUGCUUGGCUGGGAUCCCAAGGGCAAACAGGGCCCUAUGACACCACUACCUGAUCUGGUUACAAUCCACAUGCCUAAGGAGGAGGAGGAAUUCAAGGUGGUACCACAGCUACAGGCAGCAACCGACGUAGAGGUUCCAGAAGUUUAAUAUACUGACCGGAACAAGAUCCAGCAUUUGUAGAUGCUAUGACUGGAAAUCAAUAUUAAGCAUCAGGAUAUGAGCUUUUGCGGAAUUUUUUUUAGGUCCUGGUUUUGAGAGUGGCUUGAGGCUUUGUAUCACUGUUUUGCUGUGCUUUAUUUUGCUGCAAGUUCAUCCGAUACGAUAAUCAUACAUGAUGAUGCAGCUGUUUGAAUUUUGAUUUUCGCCAUAUAUUCAAUAAGCUUGUUUUGACCAGUGGCUUCUGGGUUGAGUCCAAUGAUAAAUUUAGAGGGCCUCACACUGCAGGUGUUUGUAGUGGCUAAAUUGCAUCUGGUGUCUCGUUGGGGAGGUUUUGAUGCUCAAUCCCUUCUACUGACCUUAAUGGCAUUUGGCUUGAAAAUUGUAAAAAUUUGGCUAUGGCUGAUGUGUUAAUCGAAUUGUCCCUAAACUAACGAUGGUACUGGGAAUCAUGGGUAUAGAGUUAGGGUCCAAUAUUGUACUUUAAUUUUUACCGGAAAGAAUAG